UGGUAUUAUGCUGCUGUGCCAAAAGCUUAUUUGGUUCCUUCCCCUCUCUCUCUCUCGGCUGCUACUCAUUGAGAGAGAGAUAGUAAUAUUACUACUUUCCAAUUAUCAAAUAAUUAAUUAUAGCAAUGGGAAGAUCUCCUUGCUGCUCCAAGGUUGGCCUCCGGAGAGGCCCUUGGUCCACUAAAGAAGACUCCCUUCUCGCCAAUUUCAUUCAGCAAAAUGGCGAAGGUCAAUGGAGAUCGCUCCCCAAGAAAGCAGGACUAUUGAGAUGCGGAAAGAGCUGCAGGCUGAGGUGGAUGAACUACCUGAGGCCCGGGAUAAAGAGGGGCAACAUAAGCGAGGAUGAGGAGGAUUUGAUCGUACGCCUGCACGCUCUCCUUGGCAACCGAUGGUCCUUAAUAGCCGGUAGAUUGUCAGGUCGAACCGACAAUGAGAUCAAAAACUACUGGAACACGCACCUUCUGAAGAAGCUCAACACCACCCACAAGGACCUCGCCCCCAACCCGAAGAAAAAUAAGAAGAACAAGAAGAGAAAUGCCACCCCCUCUCCCCCUCCGCCGCCGGCCAAGGUAGCCCAGGCUGCGCCUUCUCCGCCUAAGAUUAAAGUGUGUGCGCCGAAGGCGAUAAGGGUGUCGCCGUCGUUCUCGCGGAGCAGCAGCUACGACAGCUUGGCCAGCGGCGCAUCCAACAGCGACAGCGCCUGCGCGCCGGAGGAGCUGGCGUUCAUGCCGGUGGCGUGGCCGCCGAUAUUCGAGCUGGAUGAGGGGGGCUACGGGUUAUGCGGCGCCGACGACGACGAUUUCCUCAACGGAGGGUAUAUUCUGCCGGUGCUUAAUCACUCCGAUUCAAUAUCUAGCGAUGUGAACAUGUUGGAGAAAGUCUACGAUGAAUAUCUCCAGCUUCUGUAGAACUUCUAUCUUUAAAAUCCAAAAAAAAUGAUAAAUAAAUAAAAAACGAAAUUAUGGAUUA